ACCAUGUAUGCGGUGAGUACUGCCGGACGUCAUGUCAUCACAAGGUCAGCAUGACCGGAACGAGCGGGAACGCGAGUGGGGCGAUUGGGACCGCAAGCGGAGAGACAGGGAUCCCGCGUAUGAUCCAGGAGACCGAAGACCUUACCGGCCUCCAACAUGUUUCGCUUGCAAUGAAGUCGGGCACUACGCAAAUCAGUGCCCGAACAGGAGUAAGCGCUAUCCUAGCGCUAGACCAUCGACAUCUACGGAUUCACGACGUACCAGAUCGCCUAGGAGACAUGAAUCGAAGAGACAUGAGUUGUCUCCUAACCUGGAUCCGGAGAUUCGUGGUACCAUCUCGAAGCUUGGUAAGAGCGUCGCUGCUAUGGAGGAGCAUUAUGCCGCACAACGGGCGAAGAAGGAGCAAAAAUUGAAGAAGAAAUUGGAUAAGGAGGAAGCCCGACGACGGGAGGCGGAGGAAGCUGCACGUCUGGAGGAGGAACGUAUCGCUGCGGAGAAGAAGGCUUGGAAGCGGCAGCAGAAGAAGAUAAUCGAAGACGAGAGACGUGCGGAGAUGCAGAAGGACCUCCAGAUCCAGUUAGCCAUGCACGUUGGCGAUUUGGAGGACCGCCUGGUUCAGCGCCUGCACCAGGUCGUGGCUGUGCCUACACGCUUUGAGCGUGGUAAGAAGAAGGUGACAUACAAAUCCGGAGACGAUGUUUCUUCCCCUAGCUCGGCGGAAGGCAGUGACACUAGCGUUACACAAGAGCUUAGCGCUCGUGCAGAGCGUUUGACUAUCACGGAGAAGCGGAAACGAGGGCCCGAACCGGCGUUUGAAGACCCGAGCCCACCUAUGGAGCAGCCAGCUAAACGUACCCCUAAGCGGGGUAUCUUGAAGCCAGUCAAACUUACUGGCCGAUUGACCAGAUCGAAGUCCAAGAAGGGAGGUGGGGGACUUACGCCGACGUCUGCCUCCAAGAAGAUUGCCACUCCGUUGUCCAAGAAACGCACCCCGACGCAGAAGCGGACUCCGAUCUCGACGCCACUCUCGAAGGUCUCCCUGGAGCGCCUGCGCUACCGAGACAACGCCCUUCGCGAGCUGAAGGAUCUGGAUGCCACCGAACUGCAACGCAUCUGUCGAGAGGAGGACAUUCACUAUGAUAAGAAGAUCGAAGUGAUCUUCGAUAUUGUCGAUCAUAUGACCGAACGGGCAUUCUCCACCGCGCUGGCCCGAAUUGAACACAUCGCGAUUUCAGAUGACACGCAUGUCGACCAGGAGGAAGCAACUGCAAGCGCAGGGUGAAAACCGUUAUCAGCUCCGCAACUAUGGAAGGUUUGUCGUUUCCUUACCCAUCUCCGUUGUGCAUCCUCGAAGGUAGAUAAGAGCCUU